AGGUGUUUGUUUUGCCAUUAAUUCUCAAGUCAGUCUCUCUCCAUUUGACUCCAUGGCCCUCUUAAUUUGAUAUUAUUAUUAGGUCGCCCCAUCUUCUUCUUGCAUCCCACUUUGUGUGGCGGCUCUGCUCUUUCAUUGGGAGUCUCUGCAGCUGUUGGAAAUAUGCUAAUGGAAGGCAGCCCCAGUGAUCGCCUCACUUUUGGGAAGAUGGGUUAUGGAUGCAAGCAUUAUAGAAGAAGAUGCAAGAUUCGAGCUCCAUGCUGCAACGAAGUCUAUGAUUGCCGCCAUUGUCACAAUGAAGCCACGAGUAUCCAGCGCAAUAUUUAUGAUCGUCAUGAUCUAGUCCGGAGUGAUGUGAAACAAGUUAUUUGCUCUGUCUGUGACACUGAGCAGCCUGUUGCACAUGCUUGUGUGAACUGUGGUGUCAAUAUGGGAGAGUAUUUUUGCAAUAUCUGCAAAUUCUACGAUGAUGAUAUUGAGAAAAGACACUUCCAUUGUGAUGAUUGUGGGAUCUGUAGGAUUGGAGGCCGAGAGAACUACUUUCACUGCAAGAAGUGUGGCUCGUGUUAUUCAAUCAGUUUACACAACAACCACCUCUGUGUGGAGGAUUCCAUGAGGCAUCACUGCCCUAUAUGCUUUGAGUAUCUGUUCGACUCCCUCAAAGAUGUAACAGUCAUGAAAUGUGGACACACCAUGCAUUCUGAAUGUUACCAUGAGCUAAUAAAGCGUGACAGGUUCUGCUGCCCAAUUUGUUCCAAGUCGAUCAUGGACAUGUCUAUUGCGUGGAAGAGAAUAGACGAGGAAAUUGAAGCAACCGUGAUGCCUGAGGAAUACAGAUACAAGAAGGUGUGGAUUCUUUGCAACGACUGCAACGACACUACUGAAGUCUACUUCCACAUAAUUGGCCGGAAAUGCAGCCACUGUGAAUCGUAUAAUACAAGAACAAUUGCUCCUCCUGUUCUUCCUCAGUGAAAACUGAAAACAGUUUCAAAACUCCCAUUAUUUUGCUCUGAUGCACCGGAAAAGCUGGUGCAGCAUGAUUGAUAUCCAUUGUUUCUCGUCUUUUUUAUACUCAUGAUAUACUCUAUUGUAUUGCUCUUCCUAUUAAUAUGUGGGAAAAAAUACCGAGCUCGGUGACUCUGGAUUGAUAUGUACAAAGAUUCAUUAACUUGUGUAGUUCAUAAUUUACUCGACAA